GAUGGAAAAUGAGACUGCCGCCGUGGCCGUCGCACAGUAUGGAGAGAUUCAGAAUACUGAGGUAGCACUGGUAGCACUGACUGCUGUUCCAGACACUGACGCCUACAAUACUGUGAUUGAGAUGCUGAAGAGUCGGGAGCUGGAACGUAGUGUUACUCAGCUGGGGCUGUUGGAAAGUGUGACUCGCCCGAUGCACUACAGUGGACCCACUGUAUCUGUGCCGUACUACUCGGCCCACUGCGACUACCAAAAGACUGGCUACGAGUCUACUGAUGAUGUGUGGAUUGGCGUACUCUCACCCAACUCGGUGUUCCCGGGUCUGAGUACUGCCCACUACGCCUACUCAGAGACAGAACUGCGACUGUACUCGCAGCCACUGCAACGGGUGGACUACCCUGUCUUCCUGUCACUUCCACUCACACUGUCAGACUUGGCACUGGCAACUGGGGAAAUCCCAACUGAGUGGUUUGAUCGUUCACUGUGCAACUUGUGGACUGAUCUUCGAGGCGCUUUGCUGUACUCAACACUGCAACUGUGGAAAGGACAAAGGCUGGCUCUGGAGCAGUCAGACAUUGGCUUCAGGAGCCUCGGCUCAAGCACUUCACAGAAGCUUGUGGCUGAAAACUGGCCACACCAUCUCUACGCCAAAGAGGCAGCAGCUGUCUCGGCUACUGUUGCUGGACUGAAGCAAUUCAACCGAGGAUACUUCAGCCACUCCUAUGUGAAUGCAACUGGUGCUGUGAGCUUCGAACUGAUUGACUUAGAACUGAAUGGCACUCGCUACUGCAAUGCCCAUCGUCGUUUUCUUUUUGUGCACUUGCCACUGACUCAGUUCCAAAUGGAGAAGGCUGGACUUGCCAGCACUCCAGCUGAACUGAAGAAGUUCACCUGGGAUCACUAUGGCACUGGAACUGCGGCCUUGCCAAUCACUGAGACUGGCACUUAUCUCAAGGUUGACAUCCAGAUCAGCGGACUUGGGCUGUCAUCCACAGCUGACACUGUGAUCACUGUGACGAAGGUGAUGGUGUCUGCGGCGGAGUUGGCCAAAGAAGUGCGCAAGAAGCAAGACCACGUCUUUGUCAAGAUGAAGAAGCUCCAGUGUACCAACAAGAAGCCGCAUUGUCCUGCAGGCAUCACACCGUUGGGACCAUUGGUGGCAAAGCAAUGUCAAUUAUGCGGCCGAGCCCGUCACAAGGUUCGAUGGGCAUAUGCCAGUGACAAUAGCGGUUUAAGGAGCACGAAAGGUGGCACCUGUGCAGCAUGUGUGAAGACAGCUCGCAUAUUGCGAUGCAGUCGCUCGCCCGGUGUGAUCAAAGAUAGCGGUGGUUUGUCGCACUUUUUGCGUGUCAGCCAUCGUGUGCAGGAAGAGCUUGGCAAGAAAGACGUUUGCACUUGCAAAGGGUGCAAAUCAUGA